GGAGGGACUUGCUGGUGUCUAGCUCCAGUCAGUGCUGCAGUGGAUUAGUCUGCUGCAUUUAGUGCAGAGAAGAGGGUGCAGGAGCUUUCGGUCAGUGUUCGAGUGUCAGAUCUUCAAGAUGCAGCGCAUCUACAUGCAAAGCAAUGAACACUUUGAAGUCUUCACCACUGUCCUUGCUCCUCAAGGGAGGAAUCGAUACAGAGCAGAAGCUGAAAAGAUGGUAGUGGUGCACAACUACAGGCCCCACUGGCCAGAUGAGCUGGAGCUGUCUCUGGGUGACGUCAUCCUGGUGCUGCCCAGACCAGAGGAGGAGAGGUGGUUUGGGCGGCUGCAGGACGGCCAGCAGGGAUACUUCCCCGCCUCCUGUGUGAUGGAGCUGAGCCAGGUGAAAGCCCUGCGAAGGAGUUUAUCUCUGAGAAGCUCAGCGUCGGACAAUGAUUCGGGUGUACGCAGCAGACAUGGAAAUGGACACAUUCGGCAGGCACUCGGGAGGGGGAGCAGGGGAGGAGGAGCGGGACUGGAUGGGGGCCAAGGCGAGAGCGAGGGCCCCUUCCCGGUGCGGAGGCCCCAGAUCCCUGUGCCUCAGCCCGUGGCCUCCCCAGCUCAGACACACAGAUCCCCAAGCCUGCUCCACAGGAUCUUGUCCAAGUGCCGGAAAAAGAGUGAAUGCCAGGGCGCCACCAACGGGGCCUUCGAGGGCGACUAAAAGAGGCCCUCCUCUUUGUCCUGGGUGGCUGAGCCCAGUUCACUUUGGUGGGGCUGCGUUGGGGGGGAUUGUACGUGUGAAUGCAGGAACUUCUAAAAAUGUGCAAAGACAGGUCCUGAAUAUCCUGAUGUGGGCUGGUACUCAUUUCCAUACCAGGUAUUCUUGACUUGCCUGCAUUUCUAGAAGCAGGCGGUUGAUUUGUGAGUAUAUACAGACUUAAAUCGAUGAUGUCACAGAAGGUGUUUUGCCUGAUGUGACAUCACUGAUGGUGGUGUGUCCCACAAGUGCAACAUGUUUGAAUGUACAGAGAGCUGAGCAGCUGCUGUUUUCUGCCUUGUUAUUCAGCAUGGUGAGAUCAAAUGCCAGGCGUAGAAUAUAUAUCACAAAUAUAUAAUAACAAUACUUGCAUUCAUAUGUGUAAAGUAACAUAGGAGUUAAAGGCAAUCAAUGAAGCAAUUAGAUGCUGCUUAACUGAUCAAAUGUAGCCUCUUUUUAUGACACCGAUGCUGCUAUCUAGAGAAAUUAUAUUUUCAUUGCUUGUGCACAUUUUGUUCCUGUUUCUUAACUUCAUCUGUUCAUGUGAAUCUGCUUAAUAUGUAGUUAUUAUUAUAAUAAUAAAACCAGUAAACCCUGA